CUGAAAACUAUUUAUUGAUAUAAAUAAUAGAGGUUAUAGAAUACAAAUUAUACUCAUUUUUGUUUUGAGAAUGGAUUUUGAAUAGUUUAGAAUAGCAAUCUGGAGAGGUUUGAUAUAUUGUUCUACAACGUACCAACUAUGUUGUAAAUGAGUUCUACAGUUGUAAUGAUGGUUUGAUAGAGAUUGAUAACAAUUGCAAAAGCAGUUGCAAUUGCAUACAUAUAUAUUUGAAUCAGUUAAAUGAAUUUACAGAAUAGAUUCUCAUGGGAUAAAGCAUAUCUCACAUAUAAGUUAUUGUAAGUGUAUAUUCUCAUAAAGAGAUCAGAUAUUAAAAUAAAAGGAAAGAGCAAUAGGCUAGUAAGUAAUGCCAAUGAAAUGCCAACCAUUAAUUUAAGAACAGUGAGUCCGCAAUCUCGAAGUCUAAAGUUAGAUUUUUUGAUGUUAUUUGUAUGUUCGCUAUUAGUAGUUUUGAUUUCUUUUGA